AGGGGGGCUGGGAACAGCUGUAAGAGGAGCAGCCUGGCUAGCAGUAGAAGCAGCAGGUAACCUGUGCAGGAAGACUUAGCAGGACUUCAGCAAGCAUCAGCAUAUAGAGCAGCACUAUAUAUAUAAAGAUGAAGCUCCUUGUUAUUGCUUUAUAUUUCUCCUGUAUCCUUCUGGGUGCUAUCCUUGAUGCCAGACCUAUCCACGAGGAGGAUGAUCGAUAUUUGGAUGCCCCUGCACACCCCUACUGGCCCUUCUCUACCUCAGAUUUCUGGCAGUAUGUAAACCAUUUCCGUUCAAUGGGCGCCUAUGAAAACAUCAAUGACCUGGCUCGUACUUUCUUUGCUCACUACCCUAUUGAAGAAACUCUGGGAUACGAUCAUAACGAUCAUUAGGAGGCUGUGUACAGCUCCCCUGCUCAUCUCUAGUAUAGUUGUAUAUACACAAGUACUAUAAUCCUGAAGAUUUGAGCCCACAGAUGCCAGGCUGUGCCCACAUGCAAGAUCCAAUCCGUUUGGUCACUUGUGGUGCACCAGUCUGUCCUCCAAUAACUGUCUUGAAAAUGUUAUGCUUUAUAUGCCGGUGUGAGCUUCUGUCAUCCCUUCUCUCCACCAAGGAAGAGACCCUGAAAGAGUAAUUUUUCUGUAACAAUGACUAAUCUGCCGCACUGUAUUUAUAAGCAAUAAAGUGAUGGAAUACCACUUUAUAUUACACUCAUUUUGUAACAGUUUUAUAUUUUAUGCUUAACGUGGCCACCAGGUAUUCUUCCUAACAUGCACGUUACUGGCAUUUGGCUUGAAAAAUGAAAUAUUUUUAUAACUGUUGAUUGUUACAUUUACUGAUCACUGAGAUUUUGGUGAGAUAGUGAUAACAAAAUGUGAUUAAACAGUUCACCCAAAA